CUUCAGAUGACCUCGUAGCUGCCCCGAGACAGCGAUAUGUCUUUGAGCGCCCCCGUCAUAACAAAAAGCCUCCUCUCCCCUGUUCCUUUGCACGUACGCCUUCGCCCAUCAUGCCCAAGUCCAUGAGGUCCUACUAUAGUGUCGAGGACUAUUAUGCCGUACAUGCCGAUGACGAUGACGAUGCCGCCGAGCAGCGCGAGCGCGACGACACAAUCAGCAGCACCACACCCACGUCGCCGAUAGCCCACCGCCCUCUGCGCCAGAUGCGAGGCUCUGACACUGACCUCACCAGAAGCGGCGUGUCCGAGCGAUCUGCGUUGCUGGGCCAUGCACAUAACUCAAGAUCAUACAUGAGCGUGUCUGCGAGUAUGCCGGGCACUCCUCGGCCGGGCACAAAGCGGCACAACAGCCAGCUCCCUGCAGGCACACGCAUGAAGAGCAGGACGGGGUCCUCCAGUCACUCUUUCAGUCAGCGGUUGGUGAAUGCUUUGGGCGAGCGCAGAGCGGGGCUGGACGAGAGCACACCUUCCGCCAAAACAUCCCUCUGGCAGGAUAACCGAGUCUGGUACGAUCAGUUCACAUCGACGGACUGGGUGCAUGACAACAUUGCCGACGCAUAUCGAGUGAAGGCACUUAGGAGCCGGAAAGACAUCAGAGGACGUUUGGCAGCGUGGUUCGACGGUGCGCAGGGCUGGGUCCUGGUGGCCCUUAUUGGUGUGCUCACUGCCAUAUGUGCCUAUUUCGUCAACACUACUGAAAGCACCAUCUUCGACUUGAAGCAGGGUUACUGUACCAAGAGAUGGAACAUGAGCCGUAAAAUCUGUUGCGACGGAGCGUCGAUAUGCAAGGACUGGGUACACUGGUCGAAAGUGGUCCGCAGCGACAGACUUGAUGUCGUGCACACGCAAUUCGGCUUCUACGUCGUCUCUGUCGUUUUGCUGUCCAUGGCAUCUUGUCUGCUGACGCUCACGACCAAGACCGUGAUCCCUUCAGCCAUUUCUCUUUCUACGCUUGACGAGAACCUAGGAGCAGAAGUGCUGCGAUACUCAGACGACAACGAAGACGAAGAUCACAAGCAUAUCACGAGCCCUCAGACAAAGAUCAACGAAGCCCAACUUCGACCACCCAUGGUCUACUACUCUGCUGCUGGCAGCGGAGUCGCAGAAGUCAAGGUCAUUUUGAGCGGUUUCGUGCUUCACGGAUACCUCGGGUUACGCACGCUCAUCAUCAAGACCGUUGCCCUGAUUCUUAGUGUGGCAUCUGGCUUGAGCCUUGGUAAAGAAGGGCCAUACGUGCACGUAGCCACAUGUAUCGGGAACAUUGCAUGCCGUAUCUUUUCCAAAUACAGCAACAACGAUGGCAAACGCAGGGAGAUCUUGAGCGCUAGUGCUGCAAGUGGUGUAGCUGUCGCCUUUGGAGCUCCGAUUGGUGGCGUGCUGUUCAGUCUGGAGGAAGUGAGCUACUACUUCCCCUCGAAAACACUGUUCAGGACGUUCUUCUGCUGCAUUGCUGCUGCAUUAUCGCUCAAGUUCUUGGAUCCUUACGGCACCAAGAAGAUUGUGCUGUUCGAAGUUCGCUACCACCUUGACUGGAAGUUCUUCGAGCUUGCCACGUUCGUCUUCACCGGCGCUGUUGGUGGUGUUCUAGGCGCUCUAUUCAUCAAGGCUUCGCGCAUCUGGGCCCGGACAUUCCGACGCAUUCCAAUAAUCAAGAAGCACCCUCUCCUCGAGGUGUUCCUUGUAGCGCUUGUCACUGGUCUGAUUAGUUUCUGGAACCGCUACACUAAGCUUCCGGUGACUGAGCUGCUGUUCGAGCUGGCCAGCCCUUGUGAUACCUACACCGAAUCUGGAGAUGGCUUAUGUCCGACAAAAGAACACAUUCCCUCGGUGCUCUGGGUCCUGUUCCUUGCUUUCGUCAUCAAGGCUGGCCUUACUGUAAUCACCUUUGGUAUCAAAGUACCUGCCGGUAUCUACGUGCCUUCUAUGGUCGUCGGUGGCUUGGCGGGACGCUUCAUCGGUCACUCUGUCCAGCUCUUCGCUCUCCGCUUCUCGAACCUCGGUGUGUUUGGCGAAUGCGUACCCGAGGGUCCACCUGGAUCAUGCGUGGUCCCAGGUGUGUAUGCUCUCGUUGCCGCCGGUGCAACAAUGACGGGUGUCACUCGAUUGACGAUUACGCUCGCCGUUAUCCUCUUCGAAUUGACUGGCAGUCUCGAUCACGUCCUGCCCUUUUCGCUCGGCAUCUUGGUCGCCAAAUGGACUGCUGAUGCCAUCGAACCACUCAGCAUCUACGAUCUCCUUACCGAUAUGAACUCCUAUCCCUUCCUUGAUAAUAAAGUCCGCCCGAUCUUCACAUCCGAGCUCGGUGACAUCACACCACGUGUACGACUAGACCGCAUCAUCGACAUCUCUGAAGAGUCCCUCAUCCCAGCAACCGAACUACGUGUCAUGCAGCAACUACUCCAGAUGGCCGGCGAACUCGAUGGCGGUGUACCCAUCGUCAAACACGGUGUGUUGGUUGGCUUGAUCCCCGCACCUGAUCUGGAGUUUGCUCUUGACAAACUUGACAACGAAGAGAACACGCUCUGUUUGAUGUCCCCGCAAGUCGACUGGGCAGCUGGGCGAGAACCUCAAGCAUCGAGCGACGAUGGUGAGAACCUUCAACACGACCCUAGUGACUUUACACCGUACAUUGAUCCUGCGCCCAUCUCACUCGAUGUUCACUCGCCGAUGGAUCUGGUAUACGAGUGUUUUGUCAAGCUAGGAUUGAGGUAUAUUUGCGUUCUCAGGGACGGCAAGUAUGCUGGUUUGAUACACAAGAAGACUUUCGUCAAAUACAUGAAAGAGCUCGAGUUGGAGGAGAAGAGGAAUCAUGAGAUCUGAGACAGUGAUCAGGUUGGCGGCUCUUUUGUUUACGUUUUACACUGUCACAUGGGUUGGUUGCACAUCCUCCAGCGGUCUUCUUUUUAUUUCAGCAGGCAUUUACAUGAUAUCCAUUACUCAUAUGCAUCAGAGAGGCGUUUCUGACAUGGUAGGAGGCAAGAACGGAUGAGUUAGAUGUCAGAACUAUCACGGGAAGUUCAAAUUGUUGACAGGCAUGUUCACCAGUUUCAUUCGUUUUCUCGUUGCAAGAUUGUGGUCCAACAAUCAAGCCUUCAGAUUCCAAGUGAGCGAUUAAAAAGGAACGACCUCAAAUCCAAGACAUCGAGUACUGCU